AUGGAUCCAGUCACUGCCCUGGGACUUGCCUGCAAUGUUCUUACACUUGUUGAACUAGGCACCGAUGCCCUCAAGGUCUGCAAAGCACUGUACGAGCGAGGGUCGCUUGACGAGAACAACAUGAUUGAAAAAUAUGCCGAAGGCAUUUCGGCUGCAAAUCGAGACGUGGAAGCCUCGUUUGGACAGCAGGCAGUGACGACACACGCUCGUGUUGUCAAGCUCCGAAAGAUUGCAAUUGAAGUUUCUGCAGCGGCGGCCGAGCUCAAAACGCUUCUGAAUCAACUCAAGGUCUCCAAGAAGCAACUCGGGGAAGCUUUCAAGAAGUCUCUAAAGACAGUCAUCAAAAGGGGAGCCGUUGACCGGCUUCGAGGCAGGUUAGAGCGACAAGAUAGUGCACUCCGCUCUGGCCUUUUGAAAGAACUCUAUAUCAAAGCGUGCGAGGACAGCGUAAUUCAACAAAGCCGAUUUGAAGCUUUGUCUCAAGGCCAGAAAGACAUCAUCACGCAGGUCUUAGGUCGUCUUCAACUUGUGCCAAAUGAUAUUCGGACCGCGAUUACAGCUUCCGAAACUAGCUUGACGGCACAACUGGCCACCCAAUAUGCUCAAUUCGAGCAAGGCUUUCGACAGCUGUCUGUCGACAUAUCUGACAGGAUUCAAGCGUCCAAGUCCCAGAUAACAGCACAUCUUGCGUCCAGGACCUACUUCCUCAAGGAUGCAGCCCAGAACCAUCAGAGUCAAACUAGAUAUUUACUGAACCAAGAUCAAGUUACUCUCAGGGUCCGCCUUCUCGAUGCGUUAGCUUUUCCGGAAAUGAAUGAGCGCCGCAAUACGAUCGAAGGACGUGUUACCGACUUCGCUAAUACCUAUCACUGGAUAUUUGAUGAUUCAGAGAACAGUCAUCCAUUGACCGGACGUGGGUUCACCGACUGGCUACGCCAUGGAAAACAAAUCUUUUGGGUCAAUGGGAAGCCUGGUAGCGGCAAGUCGACGCUUAUGGCCUAUAUCUACCAAGAUUUCCAGUCCAAAGGACCAGGUCUUACAUAUUUAGAAGAAUGGGCGAAACCCAGUUCGGUUCGGCUUCUUAGUUUCUGGUUCUUCAGACCAGCAACAAGCACUCUGCUUAAGUCAAUGCAGGGGUUUUGGAGGUCGUUGUGCUUCCAAAUACUGCACAGCGACCAGAAUCUCUGGGAGAAGCUCUACCGAGAUACAGGCAGUUCAAUUCCAGAGACUUUAAGGUCUUACAUCCAAGGAAUUGGUCCCCAUACCGCGUCAUGGACCGACAGAGAACUGAAAUCUUGGUUCAUAUAUUUACUCUCCCACACAGAACACAAAUACUGUCUACUGAUAGACGGUCUCGAUGAGGUUUCAAAUAAUCGCCAACUCUUGCUUGACACGAUUCAAGAUAUUGUGCACGAUUCAGAAAUUGUGAAAAUCUGUUGUUCCAGCCGUCCAGAGGCACCUUUUCUCGACACUCUUCAGCGAUAUCCACGGUUUCGACUGCAAGACUUCAAUCAUGGGGACAUCGAGACCUACUGCCAGACGCGACUGGCAAAAACUCGGGCCGCACGCUACGCCCACCGGAUAGCCUCUCGAGCGGAGGGAGUUUUCUUGUGGGCAUAUCUGGUCGUGGAAGACCUUGCAACUGCCGUCGGCCAAGGUGACACCGAUGAAGACCUCGAAUUGCGCCUGAACGAAUGUCCCGCAGAAAUGAAUGACCUGUUCGCACUCCUGCUUGAACGGCAAGAUAAAUUUUACUUGAACCACCCGAAGCCGUACCUCCGGCUGAUUGAUGUUGCGAUUAAGAACGGCAGAAGCAUAAACCUCGCGGAAUUACUCGUGGCUUCACAAGAUCAGCAGAAACUCAGGUCCGACUUUGCCAACGACCUAGUUGCCGACUCCCACGCAGAAUUAAACGCUUUGGCAGUAGUCGGUUUGGACACCAACAUCAUAGCGAGAUGCGCAGGCCUCGUCGAGUGCAAGAGGGAUUAUUUCUAUGGUCCUCGAACUUUGGAGACUAUGUCCUACACAGGAUUAGCUAAAGCGUGGGGCGUAGGUGUCAGAUUCAUACAUCGAAGCGCGCACGAUUUCCUCAUUGAGAGCAAAAGGGGUGCUGCACUUAUUCAGUCCAUUGGCAUGUCUGAGCAAGAUGCCUUACAACGACUGACGACUGCAUCCACGGUGCUUUUGCUUGCUAGUUCCGAGUCCCUUGGCCCAAGCGCCAGUGCUCCUUUCUGGUACGGGACGCUGAUCCAUGCGAAACUCUGGACCUCGUUCGAGACAAAACUGGCGGAUGCAGUCCUUGCGACCCUGGAACCGAUGGAUCCAUCAUGCCCUGGCAUCGCGCAAUAUUUUCAACGCGAAAUCUCUUCUUGCUACCUGACAUGCCCUCAGUUUUCGCGUCUCGAGGCAUUGAUAUUUACCACUGCAGUUAUCUACAAUCUGACGGUUUACUGUGACGCAAAGCUCUCUUGUCUCGAUCCAGGGACAGCAACCACGGCGGCGGCAUUUUCCAUGUGUGCCUUGAUAAGGUACCACUCAGAGCAAAGCAGUGACAGCAACUUCAUCAAAACACUUACGCCCUAUAUUUCUUGGACCCAGAGACUUACACUGGGAUACGACAUAGACCGGCCCAACGGCCUCCACAUAUUCUCCACCCUCCCGUUGUGGCAGCAUGUUUACUUGGCUCUCAUAAAUGAGUAUUAUAUCACGUCUUCGGACACGCGUCAACAUACUUCUCCAACCCUUUUUCAACAUUUCCAGGUCACCGACAGAGGGAAUGCGUCCGAUUUGGAGGGCUGGAUAACGCACUCUAGAACCCGCGCGAGACUCGUCCCUCUGCCGGAUGAUGACGCUACAGGGGCUCUGGACUGGAAAAAAAUGGGCCAAGUUGACAUUCUCAAAAUCAAGAUGGCUGUGCGAGACCCAGCGGAAUGGGGAGCAUUGUCGAUAGAUUUCUGUCAGUAUUCUCCUCGACGCGUGGGUCGCUUUUUGGACAUCGACCACCCCCUAAAUGAGCGUCUUCAGCAGACGUACGCCUCUAGCGAAAACCUGUCCACCGCUUUCAAAUCCUCCGCCGGUGAAGUGGCGGCAAUCCUUAACGACAACCUAGACAAGUUAUCUCCUGCAGAGAUUGCGAACGUCAUUUUCCAGACGGAUGGCUGCCACAAUUUAUAUUUCUCCAAACGCCGGGUAUGUGGUGAGGCUAAGCGGACGGGAGCGUGGUCGGAAUGGAAAUGGCGCCUGAGAAAUGGGAUAUUUCACGAAGACUUCGAAAGUGGUCCCGAGCACGAUCCGAUAUUGUUUGAGAUCAUGAGGCAUGUUUCAGGGGAAGCUCGCAGGGAUCCGGCCAGUGGCAGGUAUGUGCUUGACUCUGAGCUCUACGGGUAG